ACAGAUCCUUGAAUGGAGCAGCCAAUCCAUCUGGAGGCCUGGUCUCGUCGCCCCGCCUCCUGGCUCUGGCUCUGAAGCCCGCUGAACGUCCCCCCACGAGGCACGGAGUGACUGGCCAGCCACACCAUGUUGGACUUCCUGGCCGAGAACAACCUGUGUGGCCAGGCGAUCCUGAGGGUCGUGUCCUGUGGCAACGCCAUCAUCGCCGAACUUCUGAGGCUCUCUGAGUUCAUUCCCCCUGUGUUCCGGUUAAAAGACCGGGCGGAUCAGCAGAAAUAUGGCGAUAUCAUAUUUGAUUUCAGCUAUUUUAAGGGUCCGGAGCUGUGGGAAAGUAAACUGGAAGCAAAGCCAGAGCUUCAGGACUUAGAUGAAGAGUUUCGUGAGAACAACAUAGAAAUUGUGACCAGGUUCUACUUAGCAUUUCAAAGCGUGCAUAAAUACAUUGUAGACUUAAACAGAUAUCUGGAUGACCUCAAUGAAGGCGUUUAUAUUCAGCAGACCUUAGAAACGGUGCUGCUCAAUGAAGAUGGGAAACAACUUUUAUGUGAAGCACUUUACUUGUACGGAGUUAUGCUGCUUGUCAUCGACCAGAAGAUUGAAGGAGAAGUCAGAGAGAGGAUGCUGGUGUCUUACUAUCGAUACAGUGCUGCCCGAUCUGCUGCCGAUUCAAACAUGGACGAUAUUUGUAAGCUGCUUCGAAGUACAGGUUAUUCCAGCCAACCAGGGGCCAAAAGGCCACCCAACUAUCCCGAGAGCUAUUUCCAGAGAGUGCCCAUCAAUGACACGUUCAUCAGCAUGGCCAUUGGUCGGCUCCGGUCCGAUGACAUCUACAACCAGGUCUCCGCGUACCCGCUGCCCGAGCACCGGAGCACCGCCCUGGCCACCCAGGCUGCCAUGUUGUACGUGAUUCUCUACUUCGACCCAUCCAUUCUGCACACCCACCAGGCAAAGAUGAGAGAGAUAGUGGACAAAUACUUUCCAGAUAAUUGGGUAAUUAGUAUUUACAUGGGAAUCACUGUCAAUCUUGCAGAUGUUUGGGAGCCUUACAAAGCUGCAAAAACAGCUUUAAACAACACUCUGGACCUUUCCAAUGUCAAAGAACAGGCAAGCAGAUACGCUACUGUCAGCGAAAGAGCACAUGCCCAGCUGCAGCAGUUUCUGAAAGAAGGCUACUUGCGGGAGGAGGUGGUUCUGGACAACAUCCCGCGGCACCUGAAUUGCCUGAGGGACUGCAACGUUGCCAUCCGGUGGCUAAUGCUUCAUACAGCCGACUCAGCCUAUGACCCAAACAACAAACGCCUUCGUCAAAUCAAGGACCAAAUUCUUACAGAUUCUAGAUACAACCCCAAGGUCCUCUUCCAGUUGCUGCUAGAUACUGCGCAGUUUGAGUUCACACUUAAAGAGAUGUUCAAGCAGAUGCUUUCUGAAAAGCAAACCAAAUGGGAGCAUUACAAGAAGGAAGGCUCAGAGCGCAUGACAGAACUGGCCGACGUCUUUUCAGGCGUGAAACCCCUCACCAGAGUGGAGAAAAACGAAAAUCUUCAAGCUUGGUUCCGAGAGAUCUCAAAACAGAUCUUGUCUUUAAACUAUGACGAUUCCACCGCUGCGGGCAGGAAAACCGUGCAGCUGAUCCAAGCUUUGGAGGAGGUUCAGGAGUUCCACCAGUUGGAAUCAAAUUUGCAAGUAUGUCAGUUUCUCGCUGAUACCCGCAAGUUCCUCCACCAAAUGAUCAGAACCAUUAACAUCAAAGAGGAGGUCCUGAUCAACAUGCAGAUCGUCGGGGACCUCUCCUUUGCUUGGCAAUUGAUUGACAGUUUUACCUCCAUCAUGCAAGAGAGUAUAAGAGCCAGCCCAUCCAUGGUUACGAAACUCAGGGCUACGUUCCUGAAGCUUGCCUCUGCUCUUGACCUGCCCCUUCUUCGUAUUAACCAAGCAAACAGCCCUGAUCUUCUCAGCGUGUCCCAGUAUUACUCUGGAGAAUUGGUGUCCUAUGUAAGAAAGGUUUUGCAGAUCAUUCCCGAAAGCAUGUUCACUUCUCUUCUGAAGAUCAUAAAGCUUCAGACCCAUGAUAUCAUUGAAGUACCGACACGCCUGGACAAAGACAAGCUGAGGGACUAUGCCCAGCUUGGCCCACGAUACGAGGUUGCCAAGCUCACUCACGCGAUUUCCAUUUUUACUGAAGGCAUCUUAAUGAUGAAAACGACUUUGGUCGGCAUUAUCAAGGUGGAUCCAAAACAGUUACUGGAGGACGGCAUAAGGAAGGAGCUGGUGAAACGGGUCGCAUUUGCCCUCCACCGGGGAUUGAUCUUCAACCCUCGAGCCAAGCCAAGCGAGUUGAUGCCCAAGCUGAAAGAGCUGGGGGCUACCAUGGAUGGAUUCCACCGUUCCUUUGAAUACAUACAGGACUACGUCAACAUUUACGGUCUGAAGAUUUGGCAAGAAGAAGUAUCUCGAAUUAUAAAUUACAAUGUGGAGCAAGAAUGUAAUAAUUUCUUAAGAACAAAGAUUCAAGACUGGCAGAGUAUAUACCAGUCCACUCACAUUCCAAUACCCAAGUUCUCCCCGGUGGACGAGUCUGUGACAUUCAUUGGUCGACUCUGCAGAGAAAUUUUGCGAAUCACAGACCCAAAAAUGACGUGUCACAUCGAACAGCUGAACACGUGGUAUGAUAUGAAAACGCGCCAGGAAGUGACCAGCAGCCGCCUCUUCUCAGAAAUCCAGACCACCUUGGGGACUUUCGGUCUGAACGGGCUGGACCGGCUCCUGUGUUUCAUGAUUGUUAAAGAGUUACAGAAUUUCCUCAGUAUGUUUCAGAAAAUGAUCCUGCGAGACAGAGCCAUUCAGGAAACUUUAAAAACCCUCAUGAACGCCGUCAGCCCCUUGAAAAGCAUUGUGGCAAAUUCGAAUAAAAUUUAUCUUUCCGCCAUUGCCAAAACUCAGAAGAUCUGGACAGCCUACCUCGAGGCUAUAAUGAAGGUUGGGCAGAUGCAGAUUCUGAGACAACAGAUUGCAAAUGAAUUAAAUUACUCUUGUCGCUUUGACUCCAAACAUCUGGCAGCUGCUCUGGAGAAUCUCAAUAAGGCUCUCCUCGCAGAUAUUGAAGCUCACUAUCAGGACCCCUCACUCCCCUACCCUAAAGAAGAUAACACGCUCUUGUAUGAAAUCACAGCCUAUCUGGAGGCCGCAGGCAUUCACAACCCACUGAAUAAGAUAUACAUAACGACAAAGCGCUUGCCUUAUUUCCCAGUUGUCAACUUUCUGUUUUUGAUCGCCCAGUUGCCAAAACUUCAGUACAACAAAAACCUAGGAAUGGUCUGCCGAAAGCCCACCGACCCUGUUGAUUGGCCACCACUUGUCCUGGGCCUCCUCACCCUGCUGAAGCAGUUCCACUCCCGGUACACCGAACAGUUCCUGGCCUUGAUCGGCCAGUUUAUCCGCUCCACAGUGGAGCAAUGCACAAGCCAGAAGAUUCCUGAAAUUCCUGCAGAUGUUGUGGGUGCCCUUCUGUUCCUGGAGGACUAUGUUCGGUACACAAAGCUACCCAGAAGGGUUGCUGAAGCUCACGUACCUAACUUCAUUUUUGAUGAGUUCAGAACUGUCCUUUAA